AUGGUACGAUAUGAACUCCCAUAUCACGUAUACAUCACAAGAUAUGCUGCCGAGGACAGGUCAUGGCCCCUCACCGAGCGAGAGCGCGCGCCGAGGCAAGUCACGAAGCUAUUCGCAACCCGUGGCUCGGUCCGCGGAGCGGAGGCACGGGUCGGAAGUGACAUCAACCCGCAUUCCCGAACAAGUCAGGAGCUCCAACCGUUCGAAAGGAACAAGACAGAGAUCGUCGCUGCCAUGCGGUCGACUAUCUCGAUUUUGUCAAUCAGGUACGAUGCCGACGCUUUGGUUUCGAUGGGAGUGCUCCCAAAGGGUCUACGUCGGAAAGAGCAUGUGCCCCAUUUGGGAAACAAACCUUCAAUAAAAAGCCGCCUGGGUCUCGCGCGCUGUCGGGUUGGCGGGCUGUCUCAGCGCCACGAACCUGUCUCUCUGUUCAAGACUGAAAUCGAGCAGCCGCGGCGGCGGGGGAUAAACAACAGUGAAAAUGGGGGACAGAAAGAUGCCUCGGCGGCUCAGACGUUGGCAAGCAAUGAGAGAGCGUUUGGCGGAUGGCGGGUAGACCAUCGGCGGUGA